UUUCCAUCUAGCUUCAAGUUGCAGCUCUUGCGCUUAGACGUUUCUGAGUGUAUUACAGUAGACUUGUCUUGUGUGGACCUUUAGGGUUUCAUCGUCAUCUGUUUCGGAGCGAAGGCUAACAGGAAGCGAUUUCGGGAUUCUCAUUCUGCGGCUCUCGGUCGGUCUUAGUCAGGAGGAUUAUUAGUAGAUCGGCGUGGUUGUGUCAGGUCCCGCAGUUCAUUAACAGUGCAUCGCCAGGGGUAGCAGACCCGGUGGAUCUUCCAGGCGCUUUACUUCACUCCACUCGUUUCUACCUAGGGUAGUGUAGCUGAAUUUCAAAUCCACUCUCGUGGUUGGAUUCGCCAUGGCGCACCAGCUACUGGACUUCGCGAUCCCGCUCGACAUAGCUCUCCUGGAUGCGACGAUCGCGGCUCUCUACAGCACGGAUAAUAAAGAGGAGCGUGCGGCGGCGGAGCGGGUUCUGAGGGCCCUGCAGGAGCACCCGGACACGUGGACGCGAGUGGUGGCCAUCCUGCAGACGAGCCAGAAUGUCAACACCAAGUUCUUCGCACUCCAGGUCUUGGAGGGCGUGAUCAAGUACCGCUGGAACGCGCUGCCUGUAGAGCAACGAGACGGCAUCAAGAACUACAUCUCCGACCUUAUUGUCAAGCUAUCAGCAGACGAGGCGUCGUUUCGCAAGGAGCGUCUGUACGUGAACAAGCUCAACAUCAUUCUCGUGCAGGUGCUGAAGCACGAGUGGCCAGCCCGGUGGCCCAACUUCAUUCCAGACCUGGUGGCGGCAGCCAAGAGCAGCGAGACGCUCUGCGAGAACUGCAUGGUCAUUCUCAAGCUGCUGAGCGAGGAGGUGUUUGACUUCUCCCGCGGAGAGAUGACGCAGCACAAGAUCAAGGAGCUCAAGCAUUCACUCAACAGCGAGUUCCAGCUGGUGCACGAGCUGUGCCAAUAUGUGCUGGCGGCAUCACAGCGCGCCGAGCUGAUCCGAGCCACACUGGCCACGCUGCACGCGUUCCUCUCCUGGAUCCCCCUCGGCUACAUCUUCGAGUCCACCCUUCUGGAGUCGUUGCUGAAGCUCUUCCCCAUGCCUGCCUUCCGCAAUCUCUCUCUGCAGUGCCUCACUGAGAUCGCGGGGCUGAGUUUCGGCGACUACUUCAACACGCAGUACGUGAAGCUGUACGGCAUCUUCAUUGGGCAGCUGCAGGCCAUGCUGCCGCCCGCCACCAACAUCCCAGAGGCCUACGCCAACGGCAGCGAUGAGGAACAGGCUUUCAUCCAGAAUCUGGCCCUGUUCUUUGCAGCAUUCUUCAAGUCGCAUAUAGGCGUGUUGGAGAACAGUGAGAACGAGGCGGCCCUCAUUCUUGGUCUCGACUACCUCAUCGGCAUAUCCUACGUGGACGACAAUGAGAUCUUCAAGGUCUGCCUGGACUACUGGAACGCGCUAGUCUGCGACCUAUUCCAGUCCGAAUGUAACAUGGAGGCCCCCUCCGCCCCUGCUGCACCCCUCGGUUUACACGUGGGGCUCGGCCCUGGGCUAGCAGGGGGGGUGGCAGGAGGAGCAGGAGCAGCAGGGCGGGCGGGGAUGGCCGCGGAUGGGACGGGGACAGGGGCGGCCGGGGCGGGGGGGCUGUCGGCUGCGGCGGUGUCGCACCGGAAGCAGCUGUUUGCGGUGCCGCUGAGCAAGCUGCGGCUGCUGAUGGUGAGCCGCAUGGCGAAGCCGGAGGAGGUGCUCAUUGUGGAGGACGAGAAUGGCAACAUUGUGAGGGAGACGAUGAAGGACAACGAUGUGCUCGUGCAGUACAAGAUCAUGCGCGAGACGCUGAUCUACCUGAGCCACCUGGACCACGAGGACACGGAGCAGCAGAUGCUGAAGAAGCUGGCAAAGCAACUCAACUGGGAGGAGUGGUCGUGGAACAACCUCAACACGCUGUGCUGGGCCAUUGGGUCCAUCUCCGGCUCCAUGGUGGAGGACCAGGAGAACAGAUUCCUGGUCACUGUCAUCAGGGACCUGUUGAACCUGUGCGAGAUCACCAGGGGGAAGGACAACAAGGCCGUCAUCGCCAGUAACAUCAUGUAUGUGGUGGGGCAGUACCCGCGGUUCCUGCGCGCGCACUGGAAGUUCCUCAAGACGGUGGUGAACAAGCUGUUUGAGUUCAUGCACGAGACGCACCCGGGCGUGCAGGACAUGGCGUGCGACACCUUCCUUAAGAUCGUGCAGAAGUGCCGCCGCAAGUUCGUCAUCAUGCAGGUGGGCGAGUCGGAGCCGUUUGUGGCGGAGCUGCUGCGAGGGCUGGCCACGACCAUCCUGGACCUGCAGCCGCACCAGAUCCACACCUUUUACGAAGCCGUGGGGUAUAUGAUCCAGGCGGAGGGCGAUGUGCAGCGGCGGGAGGAGUACCUGGAGAAGCUCAUGCAACUGCCCAACUCGCGGUGGGCGGAGAUCAUAGGGCAGGCGGCGCAGAGCGUGGACGUGCUGAAGCAGCCCGAGGUGAUCCGCUCCAUCCUCAACAUCCUGCAGACCAACACGGCCGUCGCCAGCUCCCUCGGCCAGCCCUUCCUCUCGCAGAUCCGCCUCAUCUUCCUCAACAUGCUCAACGUCUACAGAAUGUAUUCGGAGCUCAUUUCAACACAGAUCACAGAGGGAGGGCCGUACGCGUCAAGGAGCUCCAUAGUCAAGUUGCUCAGGUCUGUAAAGAGGGAGACGUUGAAGCUGAUUGAGACGUUUGUGGACAAGGCGGAGGACCUGGAGCUGAUCGCCAAGCAGUUUGUGCCUGCCAUGAUGGACCCCAUUCUCGGGGACUAUGCGCGCAACGUGCCCGACGCCCGAGAGCCUGAGGUGCUCUCGCUCUUCGCCACCAUCGUCAACAAGCUGAAGGGGCAGAUGAUGGAGGAGGUGCCACGCAUAUUCGAAGCCGUUUUUGAGUGCACGCUCGACAUGAUCACCAAGAACUUUGAGGACUACCCUGAGCACCGCCUCAAGUUCUUCUCGCUGUUGCGCGCCAUCGCCUGCCACUGCUUCCGCUCCCUCUUCACGCUCUCGCCCCAGCAACUGAAGCUGGUGAUGGACAGCAUUGUGUGGGCGUUCCGGCACACGGAGCGCAACAUCGCAGAGACGGGGCUCAACCUGCUGCUUGAAAUGCUCUCCAACUUCCAGAAUUCGGAGUUUUGCAACCAGUUCCACCAGACGUACUUCCUGACAAUAGAGCAGGAAAUAUUUGCCGUGCUCACCGACACCUUCCACAAGCCGGGCUUUAAGCUGCACACGCUCAUUCUGCAACAUCUCUUCUGCCUCGCGGACUCAGGGGUGCUGACGCAGCCUCUAUGGGACGUGGCGGCGCUGGGGCCCACAGCCUUCCCGUCCAACGCGGCCUUCGUGUGCGACUACACCGUCAAGCUGCUCUCCACGUCCUUCCCCAACAUGACGCCGCAAGAGAUCACUCAGUUUGUGAGCGGGCUGAUGACGGCCAAGGCGGACACAGCCACGUUCAAGAACCACCUGCGGGACUUCCUUGUGCAGUCCAAGGAGUUCUCUGAUAAGGACAACAAGGAGCUGUAUGCGGAGGAGGCAGCGGCGCAGCGGGAGGCGGAGCGGCAGCGCAUGCUGUCCAUCCCGGGCCUCAUUGCCCCUAACGAGCUGCAGGAAGACAUGACGGACGCGUGAUCGUGGUGCUCUUGGUGCUCGUGCUGCCGGUUGUAGUGCUGUGAUGUGCUCGGAAAGACUUGGGA